GUCGCAACCCCUUGCGAAGCGUCACCCCCCACGAAGGAAGGUCUAGGCUACUCCUCGGAGCAGCAAGAAUGUUCGGGACCCCGUCGGCGUCCUCCGCUCCGGGCUUCGGCGCCCUGUCUUCCACGCCGGCCUUCGGCACCCCUUCUCCCACGCCGGCUUUCGGCACCCCUUCUUCAUCCCCUGCUUUCGGCACCCCUUCCGCCACCCCGGCCUUCGGCACCCCUUCGUCCACUCCGCCCUUCGGCACCCCUUCCUUGACGCCGCAAUUCGGAGCGCCUUCGUUGACUCCAUCGUUUGCCAUGCCAUCCCCUUCGCCUUUCUUCUCACAGCAGCCGCAGCAGCAGCAGCAGUUGCAACCGUUUGGGUUCCAGCCGACCCCAUCGCCUUUCGGAAAUGCUCAGAUCACCACCCAGAUGGCCCCCGUCGCUGCCCUCCAGCUUCCCCUCGCCGAUCGUGACAUUCAUGCCAUUCUUGAUGCUUACAAAGAGGAGCCUGGGAACCCUAAGUACUCCUUCAGGCAUUUGCUGUUAAGCGUGACAGAUCCUGCAUUACGUGUGAAGCCUGUCGGCGCAUCUGAUAUCAUGUGGGCAGAGGCAAUGGCAAAGCUGGAGGGAAUGGAUAGUUCAGACAGAGAUCGAUUAUGGCCUCAGCUUGUGCAGGGCUUCAAAGAUCUCUCCAAUCGACUCAAGCUUCAAGAUGAAGUUCUUGUUUCAGAUGCUGAGCGGCUGAGGAUGACCCAAGCUAAUGUCAAGCUGCUUCAAAGACAUUUUCAAGUAGACACUCUCCAGUGGACCCAAAGAUUGAAACAGAAAGAACAAGUGCUUCUAAGGCGUCUACUGAGGAUAAUGAGGAUAGUGGAAGCUCUGGAGAGCAAGGGUUACAGGAUGCCUCUGAUGAAAGGUGAAGCUGAACUGACUGAAAAGUUGGCUGCAAUAGCAAAACAGCUGAAGGGACCUGGAGCAGAGUUAUCAAGGAGGGUGCACAAUCUGGUUUCAAUAUCUCGUGCACGUGCUAACACUGGUGAGCUCAAUGGUUCAAUCUACAUUCCGGGGUCAGCAAAGAUAAGAGAGCAAAGCCUUGCUGACUUGCAGGAGGUCCUGCAACAGGAAACCGAAGCAAUUGCCAGAUUGGGGAAUGUCUUGAAGCGGGAUAUGAGGGACUUGGAGAUUAUCAUGUCUGAGGGCACAGACACCUUAGAAGACGACAGAGGACGGAGUCUGAUGAGCUGAUAUCUUCUAACCUUUGCACGCAAGGAAAUGGGAUAUGAAAGGAAGUCAGACUGUAUAGGAAUGAAAAAGGAUGAAAACUAGUGCUGAUUCAGCAUGUAGUAGUUGUUGUCUUUGGCAUCAAAAUUCUCACUGGGACUGCCAAAAUGUGGCAAUUUUUAGGUAGUGGCAACUCUUGGGUGAAGUAUGCUUAUGUUGAGAUCUAUUAUUUGACAGGAUUCAGACACGAAUCUUCUGCCUCAGGCUUUUAUCAACAGAGGAAAAUUUACUCUUCAUUCAGAAGUGGUGCAUAUGCAAAUGCCAAUUGGCCUCCUGAGCUCAUCAGACAGUUGGCCUGUUAAAUUUUCUUGGAAAAUAUAGACUAUUACUUGCUUCCAUGCUAAUAUAUAGAUUGCAAGCUUCA